AUGGCGGAAAUCGCAGCAGGAGCUAUUGCAAUCGAGCAGCUUGUUGCGACGGGCGUCGAGGCCGCAGCAGCAGCAUCAAUCGCUCGCCCAGGGCAGCUCACCAAGGCCUCGCUCAGCCAGAUCGCGAUUGAACCCUCCAACCAAACAUCAGUACCCGCCCUUGCUCGAUCUCACCAUACUCUUACAGUUAUCAACGAGGCGGCUUUCAUCUUUGGUGGCAAGGGAUCGGGCGGCAAGCUGUGCUCUACAGAAGUCCACGAGGUGCUGCUUCCCAUCAACGAGCCGCCCAAGACUCGUCAUGAGCUGUACCAGCCUGUAGGAGUCAGCCCUGUGGCACCAGUGCCGGCCCCAAGAUUCUCACAUGCUGCCUGCGCCCGGGGAAAUGAGGUGGUCAUCCAUGGCGGCCGAGACGAAGAGGGACCCAUCGCCAACGACGGCCACGACUUUUGGCUCUGGAACUCAGAGCUGGGUACUUGGUCAAGAACGCAAUCAGUCAAUCAGCCACACGAGAGUCCACUCCCUCGACAUGGCCACAGCAUCUUCUUCGACAAGAACAAGGAUCUCCUUAUCCUCCACGGCGGAGAGGGCAUUGGUUUGGACGAGGACGUUGCAGAAACGUGGGUGUACAGCUUUGCUGAAGCCAAGUGGACACGCUUUCCCUCCUUGCCAGUCAAAGUCUCCGGUGCAGCAUGGCAUGGAAGCACUCUGUACAGUAUCGGGAGCGAAUCACACCGCAUUGUCCACGCCCUUCAGAUCGACACAUCGUCCUUAGACCCAAGCCAGGUCGGAUGGACUACGAUGCAAACCGCUGACUCGUCCGUUCCUGGCGGACAAAGUCGAUCAGGCUCCGUUCUCGUGCCUUUCAACACCAUAAUGGGUCGAUGCUACCUACUGCAGCUGUUCGGCAUUAACAGAGGAGGUGCGGUAUCCGAGCACGGAAGUGCCCACAAAGACAUUCUGUCACUACAGGUUCCUUCUGUGGCCCUGAGCGGGUCAGGCAUCAAGGAUACUAUCCGGGACGCGCUUCCUCAGACAGAAUCCGGAUCGCUCAGCUGGGCUGAGAUUGAACCGACUCCUACAGAGCCACCGUCUACCUUGGUCGAAGGUAAGGCGUAUCCCGAUGCGAGGAGCUUCUUUGGAGUAGACGAUUGUGGCGACGGUAAGAGAGUCAUUCUGUGGGGCGGGGAAGAUGCCCAUGGGGAUGUGGAAGGUGAUGGUUGGAUCAUAAACCUUGAGUAG